AUGAUCCUUAUAUAUGUAGAUGAUUUGUUAAUUACUGGAAAUGAUUUGAAUCUUAUCAAAGCUUCUCAGUCAACGUUACAACAAAAUUUCAAAAUUAAAGACAUAGGUGAACUGAGGUACUUCUUGGGGAUACAGUUCCUCAGAUCAAGCAAAGGCAUUCUCAUGACACAGAGAAAGUACACACUAGAGCUGGUCUCAGAGUGGGGACUAGCAGGGGCAAAGCCUGCUAUAACACCUUUAGAGCAACAUAUGAAACUUACUACUGCUGAGUAUGACAAAUAUUUUAAAGAGCAGGAUAGCAAUGAUCCACUACUGGUAGAUAAGAUUAAGAAGAGUAGUGAUGAUCCAUUCGUUGAUAGACAGAGGUGCCUAUCAAAAAUUAGUGGGAAAGUUGCUUUAUUUGGCUAUGACAAGGACAGAUAUCUCAUAUGCAGUACAAACUUUAAGUCAGUUUAUGCAUGCUCCAAAACAGUCUCAUUCGGACGCUGCACUUCAUGUAGUAAGAUAUCUGAAGGGAAAACCAGUCUGGGAGUUUUGUUGAGCAGUAAUAAGGACAAUACACUCACAACAUUUUGUGACUCAGACUGGGCAUCAUGUGCAGUAACAAGAAAGUCAGUCACAGGUUAUUGUAUGAAAUUAGGGAAGUCAUUGAUAUCAUGGAAAUCAAAGAAGCAAGAAACAAUUUCAAGAAGUACUGCUGAAGCUGAAUACAGGAGCAUGGCAUCAGCAGUGGCAGAAAUAAUAUGGCUUGUGGGGCUGUUGAAAGAAAUGAACUUUAGUGUGAAAUUGCCAGUUGAUCUAUUCUGUGACAAUAAAGCUGCAUUGCAAAUAGCUGCAAACCCAAUCUUCCAUGAGAGAACUAAGCACAUAGAGAUAGACUGUCAUUUUGUGAGAGAAAAAAUUCAAAAGGGGAUCAUCAAGGCAAUGCACAUAUGUGGAAAUGAACAGGAAGCUGACAUACUCACUAAAGCUUUGGGAGGACAACAACAUAGCUAUCUUCUGAGCAAGUUGAGGCUGUUAAAUGUUUUUCAACCCUCAACUUGA